CCGAGCGGUUCGCGUUACCAUCGCACCUUGCGGGGACCCGUCUGUCACGCGCGCAGUUAAGAAUUCAUAAAUAGUGAUAUAUAUAUAUACAUAAUAUCAUUGUGUAUUCCGUUUGAUUCGUCUCUGUAUCGUCGUGUACCGAAGUGCGCGUGUGUUUUCGACAUUGUUUUUCGGCCAUUCUUAUCGAUGAUGACAUUUUACAGGCCGACGUCCGCAUCGAUGCCAUUUUACGGGGGCGAUUACCGACCGGACGACGAGCCGCCACCGGAAGCUGUCUUGGAGGAGAAACGCAUCUUAGAGCACCAAUUCCGAAGACCAUCACCUUCGAGGUUGUCGUCGUCCACGGCAUCGUCUAUCCGGCCACCGACCGCGGCCAGACAGAUUGGCGGCAUUAGUGCCAACCGGUCACUGCGUGCAAGGCCAUCGGGAAGUUCACCCAGGAGGAGUCUACAACGGUCGUCAGUGUUCAGCAACCGGAGAUCUACGACGAUUACAGAUCGUGGAAGGACAGCGUCCAUGCCCGCGGUGCCAAUUGUCAGGGCGAUGUGUGUUUACGAAAGAAUGGGCCAAAUUCGAACUUCACGUAUGGGAAAUGAAGACAUUGAAGAGAUUGAAAUGUUCUUCAUUCAACACAAUCAAAAUAACUUGUUAUUAAAACUGUUUGGAUCCUUGGUAUUGGAUACGUCUUUAAUUAUAUUGCCAAGUUUCGGAAAUGUGCCCAGACCGGAUGGCCCCGUACUGGAAGAAUAUCGCUUGCGGAGCUUCUCGAUCACUGCCAGUGGCGUUUGCAACCUAGGCGACUUCGUACGAUACGCCUCACCACCGUCGUCUACUCGACACCAUCAACCGGUCGGAAAGCGCGAAAGUUGCCCCGCAUCCGUUUCCGGUACGCCGUUGCACCAGCAAAACGCAAAUGGUUCCUCCGCUGCCGCCGCUGCCGCUACCUCGCACACGGUCUGCACGGAAUUCUCCAGAUUCCGAAAACCCAGUACGGCACUGACAAACAAAUUCAAAGCCAACGACACUGUAGAAUCGUAUAAGGUGGCGUUACUAGGGGCCCCGGGUGUCGGAAAGACCACGAUAUCUGUACAGUUUUCAACAUCAGAUUACAUAUGCGUGUACGAUACUUCUAUAGAUGAAGACUGCGCUUGUCGGACCAUCAGAGUGAUGAUAAAUGGGCAGGAAGCUGAACUAACCAUCAUUGAUAUACCAUAUAUAGAAAUGUCGAUUGAAACACUAUGCUCGACUUACAACCCUAAUGUAUUUAUAGUUAUGUAUUCGGUUGUCGACGAGAGGAGUUUUGAUAUGGCGGAACAGAUGUUACUGUUUUUAUGGAAAGGCGAAUACAUUCAUACGAGAGGUGUAAUAUUGGUUGGAAACAAAUCAGACUUGGAACGUACAAGAAAAAUUCAAACAAAUGUUGGACGAAAUUUGGCAUACAGUUGGAACUGUAAAUUUAUUGAAACUUCAAGUGGUAUCGAUCAUAAUGUGGACAAGCUACUAGUAGGAAUUUUGGCUCAAAUCAAGCUAAACCCACUCAGAGAAAGGAUGUAUAACAGCAAAAGGAAAAAAUAUAGUGUCACAAAACUGUAUAAGGACUUUUUAGCUUACUUAAGAGGCGUCAAGUCCAGUGAAAACUUAUUCAGUAUUUAAUUAUUUUACUAACAUAACAUAUUUUAACAUUUUUUGUGGACCAAUUUCUUUAUCCAAUACCUAAUUUAUAUUUACCCCCUCAAGUACAAAAUUUACAAAUUUUAUAAAAAAAAAA